GGGCGAGCGCUAGUGCCAAACCCUCUCACACAUACCAGUCACACACCAAGGUACAUCCGUCGAUCGACCAAUCAGGAAUUCAGCAGCAGCAAUGUCGACCAUGUCGUGCUCCUCCAACCUCUCGCUCGCCGGUACCCGGACCGUGCUGCCUCCGUGCCGGCCGACGGCGCCGCUGCCCUCGCAGCACUUGACCAGCCGUCGACGACGCUCGUCGUCCCGGCUGGUGAUCACCUCGGCGCUGUCGACCGACGAAGCCAAAGCACCAGCCAAAGAGAAGCCGGCCUCCGUCAUCGGCGACAUGGAGCGCGGCACACUGGCCGAGGAGUCCGGGCGGUCGGACGGGCAGCUGACAUCUCGGUGGCGGGAGAUCCAUGGCAGCAACAACUGGGAAGGGCUGCUGGACCCCAUCGACACGGUGCUCCGGGGCGAGCUCAUCCGGUACGGCGAGUUCGCGCAGGCCUGCUACGACUCCUUCGACUACGACCGCUUCUCCCGCUACUGCGGCACCUGCAAGUACCCACCGAAGAGGUUCUUCGAGGACGUCGGCCUCGCCGGCGUCGGCUACGACGUCACCCGCUACAUCUACGCCACCUCCCACGUCCACCUCCCCAACUUCAGCAUCGCCAAGCACAACCCCCUGGACGACCGGAUGUGGAGCGAGACCGCCACCUUCAUCGGCUUCAUCGCCGUGUCCUCGGACGCGGAGACGGCGCGCAUCGGCCGCCGCGACAUCGCCGUCGCGUGGCGCGGCACCGUGACCAAGCUGGAGUGGGUGGAGGACGUGAGCGCGUUCCUGAGGCCCAUCGGCCAGUACGGGAUACCGUGCGAGGACCCGAGGGUGAAGGUGGAGGCGGGGUUCGCCGACCUGUACACCGGCAAGGACCCGUCGUGCAAGUUCUGCAAGUACUCGGCGCGGGAGCAGGUGCUGGCCGAGGUGCGGAAGCUGGUGGAGCUGUACGCCGGGAAGGGCGAGGAGGUGAGCGUGACGGUCACCGGCCACAGCCUCGGCAGCGCCAUGGCCAUGCUCAGCGCGUAUGACAUCGCCGAGACCGGCGCCAACGUGUCGCCGUCGGCCGACGUGAAGGCGCCGGUGUGCGUCUACUCCUUCUCCGGCCCGCGCGUGGGGAACACCUGGUUCGGGGAGCGGUUCGAGCGGGAGCUGGGCAUCAAGGCGCUGCGCAUCCUCAACGUGCACGACACAGUGCCCAAGGUGCCCGGCAUCUUGACGGAGGCGUUCGUACCCAUGCCGCUGCUGCGGUUGGCGGACGCGCUGGGCCUGCCCAGCGUCUACUCCCACAUCGGCGUCCUGCUGGCGCUGGACCACGAGGUGUCGCCCUUCCUCAAGCGCACCUUCGACCUCGCCUGCUUCCACAACCUCGAGGCGCACCUCCACCUGCUCGACGGAUACACCGGCCGCGGCAAGGAGUUCCAGCUCGGCGGGAGAGACCCGGCGCUGGUGAACAAGGCCGCAGACUUCCUCAAGGACGAGCACAUGGUGCCGGCCGGCUGGCGGCAGGAGUUGAACAAGGGCAUGAUCAGGACGGAGGAAGGGAAGUGGACGCUGCCGCACCGCCCCAGGGACGUCGAGGAGCACCCGGAUGACACCGACCUCCACCUCGCGCAGCUCGGCCUCGCCGUCGCCGCCGCCACCUGA